AUGUUCCUGGCCGGCAGCCUGGACGUGGACGCCUCGGACAAGGCCGCGCGCUUCAUCCGUUUCUGCGACGCCUUCAACAUUCCCAUCGUCACGCUGAUGGACGUGCCCGGGUUCUUCCCGGGCCGGCAGCAGGAGGAGAAGGGCAUCAUCCGGCACGGCGCCAAGAUGCUCUAUGCCUAUGCCGAGGCCACCGUGCCCAAGAUCACCAUCGUGCUGCGCAAGGGCUACGGCGGCGCCAAGCAGGCCAUGUGCACGCGCGAGAUGGGCGCCGACCAGCUCUGGCUCUGGCCGGGGGUGGAACUCGCGGUGAUGGGCGGCGGCGGCGCGGUCAACGUGCUCUACCGCCGCGAGAUCGCCGCCUCCGACGACCCCGAGCGCACCCGCGCGGAGAAGAUGGCCGAGUUCGCCGAACGCUUCAACGGCCCCUUCGAGGCCGUGUCCAAACAGUUCUCCCAGGCCGCCAUCCAGCCCGCCGACACCCGCGCCCGCCUCACCCGCACCCUGGCACUGCUGCGCCACAAGAAAGAAACCCGCCCCGCCAAGAAGCACGGCCUGAUGCCGGUGUAG